AUGUUCGUCCCCGUCCUCGUCCUUGGCCUUUCCCCGUUCUGGUCCUUGGCGUUUUGUCUAUGGCGGCUGGGUUGGCCUUUUACUUACUGUGACAUUUACUUGACGCACGACUCGAUGAACGCGCGCAAGGCGCACAACACCGGUCGCAACCACAUCUCCAACGUUCGCGACUACUUUGCCAACCUCGGCCCCGACAGGACUCAGAGCACCAUCGACAACAUUGUCAACUCGCAUGAGGGCGGUGGCCGUGCUCAGAUGUUCGCCGCACCCAGUAUGCGUCUCGGUGCUGGAUUCAUGAACCCCAUGGCAACUGCUCCAGGCGGCCCUGCCUACCCCCCGUUCCAAGGCGGUCCUCCUGCCGCUACCCCUCCCUUCCCCCCACGCGGCGGCCCCGGUGGCAUGCCCCCCUUCCCACCUGCCGGCGGCGCGAUGCCCCCCUUCCCCCCCGCUGGCGGCGCGAUGCCUCCCUUCCCCCCUCCUGGAGGUGCCAUGCCCCCCUUCCCUCCUCAACAGCAGCGACAGGGUGGCGACCGUGGUGGUCGUGAUGACCGUGGCGGUGACCGUCGCAACGACCGCCGCGACGACCGUGGAGACCGUGGUGGCUAUGGUCAGCAGCAGCAGCAGCAGCAGCAGCAGCACUACCAGCAAGGCGGCCAGGGUGGCGGUGUGCACCCGGACCGUAUGCGUAUGAUGGGCAACUAG